AUGGAAUCUUCUAAGGUAGAGAGCAAUUUUGUGGGAAGUAAUCUCAAGAGAAAAGCCCAGUACAAUGAAUCCAUUCAAGUGAAGCAAAUUGGUAUAACUGAUAUACCAUAUUCUUCUUCUCUAGGUUAUGGUCCUUAUGAAGAUGAACCAGUCUCAUUCAUGGCUGCUGCAUAUUCAGAAACCAUGAAUUCUGCUCAAGAAGUGAGUCUGUGCAAUGAGAAUGGCUCGGGGGAGAACUUGGUUUUGCAUGGAGUUAUGAAGAAUUUAGCCAUUGAAGGGUUUCAUGAGCCCAUGAAUAGUAAAGCUGAGAUUGGGAGUAUGAGUAAGAAGAAGAAAUCACGGUUGGAUGGAGAGAAACAUUACAGAGGAGUAAGAAGGAGGCCAUGGGGGAAAUAUGCAGCUGAAAUCAGAGAUUCAAGAAGAAGAGGCAUGAGGAUGUGGCUUGGAACAUUUGACAGUGCAGUGGAUGCAGCCAUGGCUUAUGAAAGGGCUGCCCUCAGCAUUAGAGGCCCCAGAACCAUCCUCAACUUUCCUAUAUUCAACCCAUCUUUCAUGAUGCCAGAUGAAUUUAGUGAAGAGAAAGAGUCUCUUGAUGGAGAAUGUCAGAUUACAGAAGGAGAAAAAGAAGAAAGUGCAUGUGCGGGUAGUGAGAGAUUUGUGUUAGAGUUGGAGGAUAUGGGUGUGGAUUAUUUGGAAGAAAGUGCAUGUGCUGGCAGUGAGAGAUUUGUGUUAGAGUUGGAGGAUAUGGGUGUGGAUUAUUUGGAAGAGCUUCUUCUCACUAGUGAAAGAAUAACUGCUUCCUGGUUCUCUGAUUCUUUAUCUUUAGAGGAGCAGUGA